AUGGGUGGAGAAGGCUGGUUGUUCCUCUUUGCGGUCUUGAUGGCUGCCGUACUCUUGUUCACUAUGGUGUUCUUUAUCAUUAUGUUCUCUGAUCUCGAGUGUGAUUACAUCAACCCUAUCGACCUCUGUAACAAGCUCAAUCAGUUCGUUCUCCCCGAGAUGAUCGCCCAUGCCUUCCUUACUCUAUGUUUCCUCCUGUCCGGUCAAUGGUUGGCUUUCUUGUUGAACGCUCCAUUGGUAGGAUAUAACGUUAACAAGAUCAUGGCCAAAAACCACAUGUACGAUGCAACCGAGAUUUUCCGCACUUUGUCGGGCCACAAGAAAGAAUCAUUCAUCAAACUUGGUUUCUACCUCGUUUCAUUCUUCUACUACCUUUACAGAAUGAUCCUCGCCCUCAUCUCCGAGAGCGACUAG